AUGGAUGUAUUUAUGAUGAUCCGUCGGCAAAAACUGACAUUAUUCGUUGAUGCAAAAGAAACAUCAUCAGUGAUGGAAGUAAAAAAAAUAAUCGAAGGUAUUACAAAGGUACCAACAAGUAAUAUGCGUUUAAUGGUUGAUGCAACUAAACAACCCAUGGAUGAUGAUAAUCAAAUACUUUCUGAUUGUGGAUUAUCCGGUACUGUAGCUAAAGCUUACUCUCCUGCACUUCUUUAUUUAUGCUAUCGUAAGACUGGUAACGAAAAUGAAUGGGAACCAAUCGAUGUUACUGAAUUGAGUACUCCUCCACCAUUGCCAGAAGUAUUUAACAAAUCCGACGAGGAUAAAAAAGACAAUACUCAAAUCGCUUCAUAA